AUGGCAUUGGUGGGCCUGCAGCUUGACGACUCAGCUACGAAUGCGUUGUCUGGUCUGCCUGUGGAAGCGGCGAUCGAGUUCCUGGAUGUGGUGGCUCGAAAGGCAGCCACGGGACAUCUCAAAGAUCCUUCAAAUUAUGUCUGCGCGACUAUUGCUAGAGGCUAUGUUCCCCAGGCUAAGCUGCCGUCGUGGCAAGGGCAUGCGAGCUUCGAGGCUCCACCGCCUGCCAACGCAGUGAUGCCGGACAUGGACGUGGCAGCAUCACGGCUACAGUCCACUGUUGGCAUGAGGAAAGCCGAGCAGGCUGGCAUAGACCUCAACCAUGAAGCUCUGAAUGCGCUCUUGCGGCUGCCCACGCCGCACGCCUCACAACUGCUUGAGCAGGUUGUUGACAAGAAGGAAACCAUAAGGGACUUGUCAAACUAUGUCUGUGCAACUGUUGCGCGGGGUUUCCACCCAAAGGAUUCCGUGGGCACAGUUUGGUCAGGGUUGCCAAGCCCGGGCCCUUGCGCUGAGACUGAAGUUCCAGGCGCCAAAGCGAAGGGCAAGGGUAAAGCCACCAUGGAGAGCAAAGGGAUAGAGCUGGUACUCGGCCUGAGUGCAUGCGAUGCAGACGGAGCUCCUGCCAUGUCCGCUUGA